AUGGAUUAUCAGAACAGGGUGGGACACAAAACUGGUAGCGGUGGCCCUGCCUCCGCACAGGAUUUGGCAUCUCAUAACAGAGAUCGCCUUCGCCGUCUGGCUCUAGAGACUUUUGAUUUGGGAAAGGAUCCAUAUCUUCAAAAGAACCAUCUAGGACAGCUGGAAUGUCGACUUUGUCUAACAUUACAUGCGACCGAUGGGUCAUAUCUCAGCCAUACACAGGGUCGAAAACACCAGAUGAAUCUGGCUCGACGUGCUGCAAAGGAAGAUAAAAACACAUUCUCAAUGCCAAUUCCAAAGCCUACGGGUGCGCAACGUACAAGUGCUGUCAAAAUCGGUAGACCUGGGUACCGCAUCACAAAAAUGCAAGACCCGGAAACCAAACAAUAUGGACUGUUGUUUGAGAUUGAAUACCCUGAUAUCGAGGGUAAACCAAGAUAUCGCCUAAUGUCUUCUUUCGAACAACGUAUGGAACGACCACCGGAUCCAGCAUUCCAAUUCCUACUUUUUGCGGCACAGCCAUACGAAACAAUCGCAUUCAAAGUACCCAAUCUAGAAGUUGACGACACACCUGGAAAAUUAUACGUACACUGGGAUGAAACGUUGAAGCUAUACGUACUACAAAUACUCUUUAGAUCUGCACGCACAGCCAAACCGUUGCCGGCACUGCCACAUAGACCUAGCGUAUAUCAAGGCGUAGGACCGAGAUUCACAUGA